UAAAAACCUUUAUAGUUGAAUGUUUGGGAGUCACUAGUUUGAUUGGCUCUGGAGUCUUCAUUGUCCAGAAAUUUUAAGGACAAAGAGUUUUCAUAUACUUUGAGGUUAGAAAGGAUCUAUGCUUGGAUACGGAGGAUUGAUAUGAUCUCUGCAGAUGUUGUAUUUAAAUUCACUUCUCUGACACUUUGAGAAGUGAAAUAAUCAUUUAACAGCCUCCUUAGCCUUCCUUUCAAGUCCUUAUCAAAUUCUAGCAAAGCAUCUGGUAUCCAAACUCUCUUUGAUGCAAUUCAGUAGGAGCCACUAGGCCAACUUCCUGAUUGGUAAGAGGGUUAACACCCAACUAGGGGAACCAGUAGAACUUACUGCCUUGGAAAAUUCUUUGAAAAGGAAAUGUCCAGAGUGAGGGCAGUGCCACUCUUAGAGACAGAGGAGUAAACACAAUGACCUCCAGGACAAAGAGGAGUGGUUGGGGCCGGCUAGGAGAGGAAGGCAGCCUGCAAUUUAAUGGGUGGAUUGUUGGACUUGACAGGAGUUGUUCUGGGAGCCUUGAGCUGAACUUUGGUUUUGGAGUUUGGAAGGAGCUCAGAGACUGAAAGAAAUACAUGGAAGAGUGAGAGGGAAGGGGGAGGUGACGGCAUUAUGGAAUUCAUACAAGCUGGUUUCAUGUUCCCUGGCCUUUCUCUGCAUUUCUUUCAGCACCUCCUAUGCACCAAGCACCUCCUUUCAGAGAGACUGUUUCUUAAUGAAACAGAUUCACAGAGUCAAGGCCCUCAAUGACUCCAGAAAUGUGCUUGAAAUACAUGAUUGUGCAUGCUCUAGCUCCAGUUUACGCCUCUGUUUGACCCUGUGUCUCUCAAAAAUGAAAACAAAAUCCCAAACAAACAAUCAAAAAACAAAACAAAUUUCCUCUAGGAAUCUCAGGAUAUAGUAGUCCAUCAAUACAUCUAUAAAUUCAUUUUCUCUGUCCUAAAUGCUUCUUAUCAUUGCUUCGUACAAUUAUGUGUAGAUCCUUGUCCUGGAUAGUGAGGUUGGAGGUGACAGUGUGGAAUCUAGAAGGAGGAGGUAUAUAGAUCCUGGCCCUAACCUCUAGAAGCUUUUAGAUUAUAAAGGAAUUUAAGUGACACGUUCAGGAUACCAGCAGACAGAAAGGGAAAAUUAGUUUUAGCUGAGCAUCAGGGUGGACUGUAAGUACUGAUGGGAAUUGGAGGGAAGUUGGAGAUGGGGACCUGUUAGGAUGGAUUAGGAAAGGCUUCCUAAUCACCAGGGGAAACGUUGUACAAUAGGACUGAGAAGACCUAGAGCAUCAAGACUGGACAAAAAGGAGUGAGGAGGGCAUCCCUGGCAGGGCAGGCACUUACUCAGGCCAAAGGCUCAUCCCAGGAAAGGUAAGUCAGGAUGUGAGGAGCUGAAUCAGGAAGGAGGUGAUGGGCCUGAGGGUAGGGAGAGAAUUUGGGUGGGGCUCUGACAGCUUGGUCAGAGAGUCUGGACUGAAUAUAAACUAUCGGAGCAAUUGUAGAUUACCACGUGGAGAAAGGGCAGUCUUGAAAAUAGCAUUUGAGGGUGAUGUUUCUGUAUUGUUAUAAGCUGGAAUUGUGGUAGGGUCUCUCAGGAUUCCCAAUAAUGGCUUUGCUUUCUCUUCAACAAGCUUGCUCAUUUAUUGUUCUUGUGCCAACUUGUGUUAGAGUAAUGAAAUAUGAUUAUUUAAUUACCAGAUGCUUUGUUCCUUGGGCUGCUUCUCUGGUAGCUGCAUACUCUGUCUGUAGCCCACUCUCCCUCAUCUUCAGUAAAAUUGGAAAGAGCACAAGAACCACCCUGCACACACAGUUGAAGUAAACAGAAAUGAUCAAACCAUUACCCAUCUCCGACCCUGCCAUUCACAUGGUCCUCCUCUGGGAUUCCUGCUCAGGGUCCAUGGAUGGACUUCAGGAGAGUGUAGGGAAUUUUUUGAGACAACCAAACUCAGAGAGCUCUGUGACUCAACAAAUGUUCAGAACAACUCUUGUGUCUGUUGGGAGGGAGGUGCUGGGGACUGUUUCCCAGUGGGAGAAAUGUGGUACAAGCAUCCUUAGUGCCCAGUAAGGAGCCUCCAGGGGCAGUUGAAGGAGUGAAGGAGAAAGAGGAAUUGGGAAAAGGGAAAUGGGUACAGAAGGAACUGGUAGGAGGAGUGCCCCAUCUUCCUUUGUUCUCCACCCUCUUUCUAGCAGGUGUUCCUUCUCUGUGUUCUCCAUGUCCUAACAAUUACAGGAUCCAGUUACCCUUCAACUUAACUCCCACAACAUUAUCUCAUGCAAUUCCUUGUUGAAUCUGAAGUGCGCAGAGUGGAGUCAACCCCUCCCUCAGCCAUGGACUGUUAGCAUCAUUGCUUCCUGUCAGACCCCUUUGCAUGCAAUGCAUUUUAUUUUACCCUUUCAUCCUGAUCUCUGUUCUCAUUUCCCCUCCUCACUGGAGGCACCUGCUUUAGUGUAUUUAGCAAAUGCUCUUCCAAUCCAUGCUCUAUAUGUGUAUUGGAUACAUUCAUCCAUUCUACAAAUACACAGUUGUAAUGUGGGGAAUAUAGCCAAGAGCCAAACGGUAAAAAUGCCCUGCUCCCAUGGAAAUUACAUCUUUUAGUGUGAGGCAAAUAAUAGACAAUUAAGUACAACACAUAGUACCUUGAAUAAUGACAAGUGCUAUGAGGAAAAUGAGGGCAGGGGGAUAAGGUAUGGCUGGGUGGUUAGGAGAAGAUUGUAGUUUUAUAUGUGGUGCUUAAGGAAGGCUGUGCUACACAUGUGCUAUUUUACCAAAUUUAGUGAAGUGGGCAACCAUGGGGCUAUCUGGUUCGAAGUGGUAUGGUCAUAGGGACAGCAAGUACAAAGGCCCUGAGGGGUCGGGUCUUGCCUGGUAUGUUAAGAGUCCAGAAUGGUUAGGAGGCUAGAGAAAAAUAAGUGGGAAGAGGGAGAAACUGAGGCUGGGUAGUAGGUGGGUCACUGACAAAUACUGUAGGGCUUUGUAGGCCGUGUAAAUGCAGACUUUGGCUUCUCCUCUGAAUGAAAAGAGAAACCAGUGGAAGGUUUUAUCAGAGGAGUGACAUACACUUUUAACAGGCAUUAUGAAGGGCUAUCAAAUACCAGAUGAAAUACAGAGCAGCAGCUUUGAAACCUGAGGAACGGACCUCGGCAGCCCCAACUCAACUUGGCUAAACUUAGCCUCACUGAACCAGAUCCCAGACUCUGCACCCUGGACUUGCUACAGCUCUCUGAUCCUAGAAUAGUCUUCAAUUCCAGCUAGAAUGCCGUGUCAGACAUUUCAUGGAUUUGGUCAAAAACUGGUACGCAGACGUAAGCUGAAGGCACAGGUGGCUGAGAAUGACCAACGGAGAAGAUUGAGCACUCUGGAUUUAGUGACCCUGGGUGUGGGCCGCACACUGGGUGCGGGUGUGUAUGUCCUGGCUUGUGAGGUGGUCAGCAAUCAAGCAGGACCAUCCUUUGUGAUUUGUGUUUUGAUUGCUGGCCUAUCUUCAAUGUUGGCUGCACUGUGCUAUGCAGAGAUUUCUGCCUGGAUUCCCCAUUCUGGCUCUGCACUUCUCUACAGCCAUGUCACUAUAGGUGAGCUUUGGGCUUUCAUCACUGGCUGGAACUUCAUGCUCUCCCUUGUUGCUAAUGCAGUCAUUUAUUUCCAUGUAUUGUUCUUAGCUUUUGAGUCGCUGCGUGUGACAUUGCAGGAAUUUAUCUUACUGCAUGUUUCCCACUACCUUAGAGAAGACCGUAUAAGCUUCAUCUUUAUGUUCCUUCUGUGGUUUUUCAUGUAUUUCUGGUAUGAUUCAACUUCCUCAGUUGCCAAAGUGCUCAUGUUGGUGAAAAUUUUGGUUCUCAGUUUUGUCAUCAUCGUUGGCUUCAUUAAGGGGGACCUGCACAACUGGAAGCUCACAGAAGACGACUAUGUAAAGGCUGGACUCAAUGACACCUCAAGUUUGGGCCCUCUGGGCUAUGGAGGAUUUGUGCCUUUUGGCUUCGAGGGGAUUCUCCGUGGAGCAGCUACCUGUUUCUAUGCAUUUAUAGGUUUUGAGAAAAUUGUUAGCAAAGUUGAAAAAGCCCAGAACCCCCAACAUUCUAUCCCGAGGAGCUUUGUGAUUUCACUCUUCAUCCUCUUUGUGCUGUAUUUUGGUGUCUCUUUAUCCCUUACACUUAUGGUACCUUACUACCAGCUUCAACCUGGGAGCACCUUGCCUGAGGCAUUUCUCUUUAUUGGCUGGGCUCCUGCCUACUAUAUUGUAGUGUUUGGAUUUUUCUUUAGUUUUUUUGGAAAUCGCUUUCAAUUUAUUCACCCCGUCUAUAAACUCUUAUGUGAUAUGGCAGUGAAUGGACUCUUGUUCCCUGUCCUUACCAAGAUCCUCAGUUGGAGAUACUUCUACCGCGUAAUUUAUUUGAUUUUUAUGAUUAUUGCAGCAAUCACGACAUACUUCUUUGGACUCACUGAUGUUGUGGACCUCAUGUUUAUUGGGUCCAUGAUAUCUUACUCCAUGGUUGCUAUUUGUGUUCUCAUCCUCAGGUAUCAGCCUGAGAGGAGAAAUGGGGGAAAUGAAUCAGAGGUGCAGGAGGAGAAUGGACCUGCAGAAGAGAAGCUGACUCUACAGGGACUACUUUUUCCAGGCAGCCCCACCCCCACUCCACUCUCUGGCCGAGUUGUCUAUGUUUGCUCCUCACUGCUUGUUCUGCUGCUUACUCUUCUUUGCCUGGUGCUGGCCCAGUGGCCAGUUCUGCUUUCUGGAAACCUAGCGUGGAUUUCAGUGGUUGUGCUCCUCCUGGUGCUCAUCACUGGGCUUACUGGGAUCAUCUGGAGACAGCCACAGAGCUCCAGUCCCUUUCACUUUAAGGUCUCUGCUCUGCCUCUCCUCCCAGUACUGAGCAUCUUCAUGAAUAUUUACCUUAUGAUGCAGGUGUCAGCUGCCACCUGGGCCCAAUUUGGUGUCUGGAUGCUGAUUGGGUUUGCUCUGUACUUCAGCUAUGCGAUCCAGUCAGUACAGCCUGGCCUCUAACCAUACGUAUGCUAGGGCCAAAACUGUGAACUUUGAAGUUUGUAGUUCCAGUACCUAAUUUUUUUUUUUUUUUUUUUUUUUACUUAUCUACUUUUCAAUUGUGCCUGUGUCUGCUCACUGACUUAAAAAUAU